AUGUCACCACCAACAAGUGGCAAAGCAAAGUCAGAAUCAGGUCUCGCGCGGUUAAUUGGCUCAGGAACCUCCGGGUUACUUGAAUUAUUUCUGUUUCACCCUGUUGAUACAGUGGCGAAACGAUUGAUGACAAACACAAAUAAGGUUUUUGUAAAAGGCGCGCCAUUAUCACAGGGUAGACAUAAUUUAAAUGAGGCUAUUUUCAGAAAAGAUGUAAACUCUUCGCUUCUUCGUAAAUACGCAUCAUUAUUUCCAGGGUUAGGUUUCGCUACCUGUUACAAGGUUCUACAGCGAAUUUAUAAAUAUGGUGGUCAACCUUACGUUAAAGAUUACCUAAAUACGCACCAUCGCAAUGUUUUCUAUAAUACUUUCGGAGAAAAGACGGGGAAAACGAUAAUUCAUGCUACUGCUGGAAGUUUGAUUGGUGUUGGUGAGGUGGCAUUGCUACCUUUAGACGUGUUAAAAAUCAAACGUCAGACCGCUCCAGAGACAUUGGCUGGUCGUAAUGUAUUCCGAAUUUUCUAUGAUGAAGGACUCGGAUUGUAUAGAGGUGGCAUGUGGACAGCAGCUCGUAAUGCUCCAGGCAGUUUUGCUUUAUUCGGUGGAUCUGCCGUGGUUAAAGAAUACAUUUUCGGAUUGAAAGACUACAACAAAGCAACUUUCUUUCAAAACUUUUGUGCAUCAAUUGGUGGCGCGACCGCCUCUAUUACAGUUGCGCAACCACUAGACAUUAUCAAGACACGAAUUCAAAAACGGCCUUUUGAUGCGCCUGAAAGUGGAAUGAAGAUCUUGAGUGACAUGGUUAAGAAAGAAGGUCUUUCGUCCUUUGUGAAAGGAUUAACGCCAAAGCUUGUUGUAGUAGGACCAAAACUUGUAUUCUCAUUUACCGUUGCACAGCAGUUGAUUCCCUUACUCGAUAACUUUUUCAUCGCAAAAGGAAUUACGAAUCCCACCCGUUUAUCAUGA